AUGGCCCAAUCCGUCCCUGAUGGUAACGAAGUUGAAAUCUCAUCAGAAGAUGAAAAUGCUGCACUACCAUUAAAUCCAGUACAGCAAAUUCCACUCAAUGAAGAAAACAUAGAUUAUGACCAAAACGAGCAUGUAAAUGAAAUUGAGAACAGCGAUUCUAAUGAUAGUGUUUUUUCGUUUGUGUUAAGACCUGGAAGAAGGGGAGCAGUUGUAUCUAAUGAACCUAUUGUGAAUGAAGAGCCUCCUAACAGAGCUAUAAAUGAAAACCCUGAGCCAGAAGAACAUAACUGGGAUGAACGUGAUUUUUUUGUUCCUGAAGAUUUGGCGUUAGAAAUGUGGCAGGAAGUGUAUGGUAGGGAUGAACCUCUGCUAGAUAUUCCAUAUGUCCAAGUUAAUCGUAACUAUCAGGAAGGAGUUCUGAAUAAUGAAGUAGUUUGUGUCGUGUGUAAAGAUAGUUUAAGAACACACGCAAUAAUACCUUGUGGUCACAAAGUACUUUGUGAAGAAUGCGUCAACCAGCUACUUGAUAAACGUUGUCCCAUUUGCAAUACGGCAAUGUGGCUAUUCGCAUCUGGGAAUAGUUCUUUUCUUAUUUGUUAUUUUUAA